AGCCUUAUAAUUCAAAUUAUUUCAAGUUUAUAAAACGUAGAUUAGCCGUUAAAACCCGUCAAGGCUCAAAGCGUCAAGUUCAAUCAUGGAAACCCUAGACCCCAAUUCCGAUUUUGAUCUAAAUUCCCCAAAUAAACGUUUGAAAACCGAAACCCUAGCUUUGAAUCCUCCAGUUCCUUCCCCAAUUGACAAAGGAAAAGCCCCAAUUAUUGCUGAAAACAACGACGAAAGUGAAGAUGAUUACGUAUCUUCGGAGAUCUCAUCUCCACAAAACUGCGGUAUUUGCUUCUUGGAGGAAGGAAAAACCACCAGAGGCCUUAUUGAUAGCUGUGGACAUUACUUUUGCUUUCUCUGUAUUAUCGAAUGGUCGAAAAUCGAGUCUCGGUGUCCUCUGUGUAGAGGUAGGUUUAGUACUAUUCGUCGAGUCAGGAAAGAUGGGAGUUUUAUUGGAGAAGGUUCUGUUCGUGUCCCCGUUCGUGAUCAGUUUUAUGAUCCUUUCGGGGAGCCAGUUGACAGAUACGCACAAGCAAAGUGCGGUGUUUGCAAUGGUGCGAAUGAUGAGAGUCUUCUUCUAUUAUGUGAUCUUUGUGACUCCCCUUCACAUACUUAUUGUGUUGGCCUUGGUGCUACUGUACCUGAGGGUAAUUGGUAUUGCCGGGACUGUGCUCUUCUACAGGCUGAACAGGAGGAUAAUGAAAUGGGUUAUCAUGGGGUUGCUUCAACUGUUUUAGAUAGUGGUGAUGAACUAUUGUCAACUUCAGCUUCAGUGUCAAUCUUUGAUAUCGUGAGAGACCCGUUGUGGAAGUUAUCUGACUCUGGUACCAACAGGCUUCUCAAAUUGGUGUCUCAAGAUCCUACCAAGUUUUCAGCCUCUGCUAUCAUCUCUGACCAGAGAAAUAAUGCUUCUGAUGGAUUGCGUGGUGCAAAAGCUAAUCUGAAACCUUCAGCUGAUGUGUUGGAUGAAUCAAGUGCUAGAACAUUGCAGAAUUGUAGAAAUGUACAGAGACACAUCAAUACUUUACGUGAGAACUGGGAUGCUGUUAGGAGUGGAUCCGUGAGCUUCUCUUUUGCCUUGUCAGAUUCAUUUCAUCAUGGUAGUCAACAAAAGAAUGUGGUUGGAACCAGUUCCAAAAAAUCUUGCAAGUUGCCAACUAGUUCAUGUGAUGCCUCACAUAGUAAAGAGCCCUAUAAUGUUGAUAGAGCUUGGAAAAUGAUGAAUCUUGCAAAGACACCGACUAAUAAAUCAAAAAUUUCAUCUAAGCUUGCCCAAAACAAAGCACCUAAGGUGACGAGAGAUAAGUUUGGACGGAAGUGUGAAUUGUCUGGAAGAAAGGAUCUAAUGUAUCCUAGAUUGGAGAAGAAACAUUAUGACAAAGUAAGUGAACAGCCUGUUCAGAGUCUAGGAAUUCAUCAGUCGACUAGUAUUGUCUCACAAGCUCCUUUAACAUCUGGUAGUAAGCAUCAGAAAUUUUGUGAUCCUAAAUUUUUAGAAAGGCCUAGAGAAAUACAAACAAUUACGAAAGCAAAAUUUACUGACAACAGAGCGUACUUAGCAUCAUCGGAAAAGCUGCAUGGAAGACUCUCUAGUGUUGAUGGUUCCGCUUUAUCAGCAUCUUUGUGUGGGCCAAUAACAGGAGGUGAUGAUGUAUCAUGUUCUAGGUUGAAGAAGAGGAAAUUAUCUUCUGUGAAUCAAGUUUGGAAUUCCGAAAUGUCUGCCUCCAGCAAGGGGCAGCUCCGAGCUUUAGCUCAAGCUGAUAUUUGUUGUGAUGAAACUGGCUUGCUCUCUCCUGCAAAUUUAGGAGGACGACCAUCAAAUUUAUCUGAUUUCCCCUGUUCAACAUCUUCAUAUGAACCUAUAACCAGUUCUUAUGCAUCUCUUAAGAAAAGAACUUCUUGCCCAGGGGAAGUUAGUAAUAAAAUAAACAGCAAAGUUAUGAAGGAUGAUGAGGCAAAGGCUGAGAUUCUGUCCCUAGUCAAGCUUAACCUGAAGCUCCUUACUAAAAACAAACAAAUAGGUGUGGAUGCAUUCAAGGAAAUCGCCAGGCGUUCAACUCAUAUGAUUUUAGCUUCAUGUGGAUUUGAGCACCGGAAAAUUGUUCGCUCCCUUCCAACUUUAGUUUGCAACCAUGCCGAUCAGACUCAGCAUCGCGGCAGGUCUACAAUUGUACCUAGUUCUUGUAGAGAGUGCUUCUAUGUCUUUGUUAACGAUGUCGUUAACUCAAUCUUGUCUGAAAAAUUGAAUGAUGUUGGGUAAUUUACAUUUUGAUCAAAUUGUAAUUGUUUCAUAGUCUUUCUGGCUAAUAAGGCAUCUAUCCUUUAAUCAAUAACCUAUUGAUAGUGGUAGAACCGAGAAUGUUAGAUCAGAUUCAUUUUUUCUCGUCUAUCACUUAAUGUGUCAGUUGCUUUUUAAACACUAUUCAUAUUAUUUUGCAUUUAAUUUGUAUUUAAUUUUUAUUUUAUAACGUCAAAUAUACCUAAGUGGGAUAUUAUAUGAUUUGU